CUAAGUGGGCGUUAAAAUGACUGAAAAAUGACCCAAUUGUACUUCCUUUACUCCUAAUUUAGUUUUAAUUAUUUUUUUUAAUAUUUAUUUAUGUUCCAAACAAUUAAUUAAAUAAAUCGCUAACUUAUUUAGAAAAAAUAAAUUAGAAAAAAUAUGACAAAUAGCCCGUACUUUUACUAUUUGGCGCCCAUAGUUAGAAAAAAUAUGACGAAUUUGCCCUUCGCUAAUUUAAACCCUAAACCUAAUCUAUCCCCAACCCAACUCUCUGCUCCCUCCCAAACAUGGCCGCCGGCCACUUGUGAAGUCUCCGCCGCCGGCCACCAGAGACCACCUCCUCCGCCAGCCACCCCAGGGACCACCUCCUCCGCCGGCCACCUUCUCACUCCCUCCCUCCCAAAACCACAGUCGUUGUUCCCCUCCCCUCCCUCACCUCACGGUCGUAGAAGCUCGGUCCGCCGCCGGAGUUCGGACUGGGUCCGCUGCGGGAGGUCGGACGGGGUCCGUUGCCGGAGGUCGGACGGGGUCCGCUGCGGGAGUUCGGACGAGAUCCGACGCCGACGAGGGUUCGACGCCGACAAUCGGACGGGGUCCGACGCCGACGAUCGGACGGGGUCCGACGCCGACGAUCAGAUGGGGUCCGACGCUGACGAUCAGACGGUUGCCGUCGACGAUUUUUUUUCUUAAGAAACCCAUUUUUAAUUAUUUACAAAUUAAUUAAAUUUUAUAUUAAAUGAUGAUUUGUGAUAAUUGCUAUUUAUGUCGGCAUUGAUUUUGGAAGUUUUUUUUUUUAGGGAUUGAUUUUGGAAGUUCUAAACAUGGUAAUUGUUUUCCAUUUUUUGGGCCGAAACAUUGUAACUAAUAAAAUAAAUUUAUAUAAUGAAGGAAUUAACGGAUU